AUGUUUGGGCCCAUCAUUGCAACAGCUGCCAAUCAAUUGUUCGUGACUCUGACUCUUGAGCUACACUAUAAAGCAUUGCCAGAGUUCCCCGAUCUCAUUCGUCGUCAGAGCGAAAUUGACGAACAGAGUCGCGAAGCCAUCAAACAACACCGCGCCGCAAAUCAGGGUCUGACACUGGACAAGGAGAACCAUAAACCUGCGUUGAUGAAGGGAAAGGGUAAAGACGAUGAAGUGGAGGCAGCAAUACCAGAUGUGGAAGUGAACGCGACAGAUUUGGCUGAAAUGGAGGAGAAAUUCAUCUCACUUUUGAUAUCCGAUGCUCUUGCGGAUCGUGAACGUGCCCGGGACCUGGUUGCAUCUCUGAUAACAUCCCGUUCGGGCGAAUACGUGUUACGGAUUGGAUUGCAUCCACCCAGAUCUCAGUUAUUAUCAGACGAACUCGAUGACAACCACAAUGAAUGGACAGGCAUCUCCCGCACGGAAGAAGAACUGAAGAACAUCAAGAGCAAGUUAAAAGGUGUGGUGGAAGAGAUUGGAGGCAAGACUUGUGUCUUGUAUGAACUGAAGGGUCGCGCCUGCCUGUUGCUGCGGCUUCCUCCGCCCAAUGUCACUCUGACUCCGGAGGUUCGAUGUGCGGUGGUUGGCAAUGUCGACAGCGGGAAAUCGACUACUCUCGGGGUCUUGACUCGAGGUGCACUCGAUGAUGGCCGGGGCAGCGCACGUGUGGGUCUGUUUCGGCAUAAACACGAAAUCACCACAGGGCGGACAUCGAGUGUUGGUUUCGAGAUACUUGGCUUCAAUCCUGCUGGCGAGGCCAUUCUGCCUAAGACCGCUGGUUCCAACGAUCCAGACGUCAUACGGCGCGAGAAACUUGGCUGGGAAGAGAUUUCCGUCCAAGCCGCCAAGAUCGUCUCGUUUAUCGAUCUCGCUGGUCACGAACGAUACCUCAAGACGACUCUGUAUGGUCUGACAUCUGGAGCUCCGAGCUGUGUGAUCCUGAUGGUCGGGGCCAAUGCUGGUCUGAUCGGAAUGUCCAAAGAACACCUGGCCAUUGCACUGGCUUUGAGCGUGCCUAUCGUUGUCUGCAUCACCAAGAUCGAUAUGACUCCUCCUAAUGUGCUUGCGGAGACCGUCAAACAGGUGGUCAAGAUUCUUAAGAGUCCUGGAUGCAGAAAAACCCCUGUGUUCGUCAAGACAGCAGAGGUUGCCGUUGAAGUUUCGACUGGCUUUGGGAAGGACCGUGUAUGCCCCAUCUUCAUGGUCUCAAACGUUACUGGAGAAGGCUUAGAAAAUGCAUGUGGCACCUUCCAUCAAGGUUCUGGACUUAUGUAUCCGGUUAGGUCCGAAUGUUCCUCAAUCUAUUACCUUCCAGCGAGGCCGAUAGCGAUAAGUUUACUUCGCAUCAGCCCUUGGAGUUCUCGGUUACAGAGAUCUGGUCUGUCCCAUACACUGGGACGGUUGUCAACGGUAGGCAUCGUCAAUAGCGGAAGCGUCAGGGCUGGGGACGCUAUCGUGUUUGGUCCAGACUCCAACGGCAACUUUCAGAACUCGAUUGUCCGGAGCAUUCAGCGGAAGCGCGCGAACGUUCCAUCUGGAGAGGCCGGCCAAUGUGUCUCACUGGCUCUAAAACGAGUCAAGCGAUCCGACGUUCGCAAGGGCAUGGUGAUCGUGCACAAGACAGACGUACCGCCACGAGCCGUACGCCAGUUCGAAGGCCAAGUUUUGAUUCUAUAUCACAACACCACUCUCCAGAAGAAUUAUCAGGCCAUGUUGCAUUGUGAGGCCGUCCGACAGACCGUCAGAAUCAUCAGCAUGGGUGAUGCCCAAUGUUUACGGACGGGAGACCGUGCGACUGUGCAGUUCGAAUUCAUCUCGCAUCCGGAAUACAUCAAAGAGGGGAUGAAACUUCUCUUCCGGGAGGGCAAGACAAAAGGGCUCGGUGUUAUCACCCGCUUGUUAUGACACAGGAGCCGAUGGGCGUGGCUCUGUUUCCACGAGGCCGUCACGGCACCUGCGCGGCUUCAUGUCUGCUUCUGCCGCACUUCUGACAGAUGCUGAAGGACGCAAACCAGUGGAGGACCCGGAGAGGGGCGUACUAGGUGCAGACCCUAAGCACAGGAGUCAGAAGCUGUCACGGCUCUGUAACAACAAAACCAAGCUGCUUGCACCCUGUGUGAGGCGACACGGUCGAUCGUAAACUGUACAAUCUAUCUUAUCUCUUAUCUCGCCUGUUGUAUCACGUUUGUACUCUACGUUUGUUUUGGAAAUCAUAUUUCCGCAUUUAGUCUCUUGUCUUCAUCAUGGAUCUCCGACAGUCCUAUUCUGUGCUCUUCGAUCGAGUAGCUUCAAAUAUCUUGCAGACGAAUAAAUCGGUUCUACCCUCUUGCUCUCUAGUGCUGCUGUCAUCGCACAGCCUGCGCAAUGCGCGCUGAGAAGGCGCCCCGCGAGCAGACUGACUGGAUUCGGAUUCGCACGGCAUAUGAACGGCUCGUAUGUAGAGGGACGCCGCGCCUUGAACGCGCGUGCGUUCGUUUCGCUUUCAUCCGCCCCAUACCCAAUGGCGACCGAAAGUUUAAUUGAGGAAGUACGUACUGUGUUCCACCUCGAUGGCUUCUGCUGCUUCUGAAACCGAGGCUCUGAUGCCACUUACUUAGUACCGCUAGGAUAAUGUAUCGCCGCCAGGCGAGUUGGGUGGGAUCGGUCCACUCUGACUCUCCGUACCCCGGGACACCGUCGUCCCCCCCUUCGCUCCAGGCUCGAUACUCUUUGGGACCCGACCCCAAUCAGUGGGGCUGCUCUCUGGACGAGGAAGACCCUGACGAUGACAUCCACGGGACUGGCGCAGCUAGCACGAGGGGCAUUGAACGGGAUGGCAAUGCGAUGUCUCUCAGGGGCAUGAUCAAUAUCGGGUGUCUGCUGGUGCUCAUCGUUGGUCUGCUGGUGCUGUUUAUUGGCUAUCCCGUGAUGUCGUAUGCGAGAGACGGCAACGAGCGAGAGGGUUUCAAUCUGGCUGGGAGGAACGGAGGUGCCGGGUAUCCCAGGAAAUUGGGCACUCAUUGACGCCGAUACGCCGGUCGAAGCCUAUACGAAAGCUUCGUGGACAGGCCAGGAACAUUUGCAAUUGGUCUUCUCCGACGAAUUCAAUGUUGAUGGGCGCACUUUUUACCCGGGAGAUGACCCUUGGUGGGAAGCUGUCGAUCUGCAUUAUUGGGCCACCAACAAUUUGGAGUGGUACGACCCCGAGGCGAUUAUAACAUCCAACGGGUCUCUUGUAAUCACACUCUCCCAAAAGGACACACACAACUUGAAUUAUCAAGGAGGGCUUCUUUCGACAUGGUAAGAGAUUUUGCUUCACUGGAGGUUACGUGGAGACCAGUGUCAAGUUACCUGGAGCAAAUAAUAUUGUAGGAUUAUGGCCUGCGGUCUGGACAAUGGGCAACCUCGGUCGUGCUGGUUAUGGAGCAUCACUAGAGGGAAUGUGGCCAUAUACUUAUGACGCAUGUGACGUCGGCACCGCUCCAAAUCAAACAUUAAAUCGACAGCCAUACGCUGCUACUAUCAACGGAGACCACGGAAAAGGCGGGGCCUUGUCCUGGCUUCCUGGACAAAGGCUCAGUCGAUGCACGUGCAGCGGCGAGAGCCAUCCAGGUCCAGUUCAUACCGACGGGACUUUUGUGGGCCGCUCCGCACCUGAAAUAGACAUCUUUGAGGCCCAAAUCACCGGAAAGAAACUAAUCGCUCAGGUGUCUCAAAGCGCUCAGUGGGCUCCUUUUGAUGCAGGCUAUCAUUGGCAGAACACUUCAGAGAACUUUAUCUUGGGGGACCCCUCCAUCUCGGGACUGAAUAACUUCGUAGGUAGUGCAACUCAGCAGGCGACUUCUGUCUUGACAAACACAAACUUGUCGUGUUACGAACAAUCACCCGACAGCUGCUUUGCGAUCUAUGGCUUUGAGUAUAAGCCGGGGUUCGAUGACGGAUACAUCACCUGGAUCGCAAACAACCAGAUCUCAUGGACAAUCAGGUCGGGCGGAGUGGGUCAAGAUGAUACUGUGCUUAUUUCUGCACGGCCAAUUCCAAUGGAACCGCUCUACCUGCUUGCUAACCUGGGCAUGUCUUACAACUUUGGGUCUGUUGAUUUGGCACACCUCCCCUUCCCGUGCCAUCUCCAAAUCGACUAUGUCCGCGUUUAUCAGCCCAAGAACGCCAUAAAUUAUGGUUGCAAUCCUCACGAUUUCCCGACGUCCGACUACAUAAACACAUAUAUUGAAGCGUACACAAACCCAAAUCUAACCACGUGGCGAGGAGACUACGGUCAACCUUUCCCCAAAUCUAGUUUCCUUGGAGAGUGCUGAGGGGAUCAUAAGUCACAUACACUAUAGGACUUGUAUAUCUUAUGGACACUGGAAAUGCAUAGUCCGGACAGCACGACGACGAUGACGUCACCUACUUUAUGCCUACCUCCAAUCCCCCACCACCAUCAACCACGCGCCGAAGCAUUGUGCUCACCACCGCUUUUCUCCUCCUUUCUCUCAUCUGCGCACUUGGGAUCAAUCGAUUCCCGCGCAUAUCACUCACCGAUCUCAUCCGACUCGACUCGAGCCUCUACAGCAGCGAAAUGUCGCACCAAGGAAAACACACUGUCGGCUAUAUCUUUGAAGGGGUAUCUACGGGAGAAAGUACCCGCCUUCGCUAAUCCCGACGGAUCUCACCCACGUCUUGUAUGCGUUUGCCAACAUCAAAGCUGACACGGGCGAGGUCUUCCUGUCCGACGACUGGGCGGACAAGGAUAUUCACUACCCCGGAGAUUCUUGGGAGGACAGUGGUGACAACCUGUACGGGAACUUCAAAGCGCUGUACAAUCUCAAGAAACAACACCGACACAUGAAAAUACUGCUUUCGAUCGGUGGGUGGACAUACAGCCCGCAGUUCCAUCCGGUGGUCGUUUCGCCUGCGCUGCGAGCCCGAUUCGUCCAAUCCUCGAUCAAGUUGCUCGAAGAUUUCGGGCUGGAUGGGCUGGACGUAGACUACGAAUAUCCAUCCAACCACGAACAAGCCGAGGGCUACACUGCACUACUGCGCGAGCUCAGACAUGGGCUGGAUCACCAUGCGCGUAGCAAGGGCGCAGACUACAGGUUCCUUUUGACGUAGAUCGCCGCUCCGUGCGGACCAGACCAGUACCAGAAGCUGCACAUUCACGAGAUGAACAAGUAUCUCGAUUUCUGGAAUCUGAUGGCGUACGAUUUCUCUGGGUCGUGGGACAGCGUCGCAAACCAUCAAGCUAACGUGUUUGGCGGAAAGACAAGUGUGUCCACUGCGGUGAACUGGUACAUCUCCCAGGGCGUUCAACGACCGAAGAUCAUUGUCGGCAUCCCGCUGUACGGUCGAUCGUUUAUGAACACUGAGGGGCCCGGCCAGCCAUAUUCGGGCGUUGGACCCGGAAGCUGGGAACAAGGCGUCUACGACUACCGAGCACU